GGGGGAGAAAUCGCAGAGGCAAGGCACAGAGAGGGCCCCUGAACUCCUGAGUUUGUCUUGUCUUUUGAGGCCUGAUCCAAGCUUGAACCCUUUCUCUAUCCCUCUGCCGUCUUCCGAUACAGAGCUUUUGUUGGUUGAUCUCACUCGCACACUACGUACCCAGGCCCAGUUUAUUCCUUCGCGCCGAGCCUACCCUCUACAAUCUGAUUCGAAAGCGCACCGACCGAUCCAAUCUCUAUAUCUGCGACGAAUUAUACACACAUAUCACAAUGUCGGGUCUCGACGCACCAGAAGUCAGCGCAGCCUACGACGCCGUGCGCUCAGACAAAGAUGAGACAAACUGGCUGCUCAUCUCGUACGCGUCGGCCGUGGGGAACAAGCUGAGCCUCACCAAGACGGGAACAGGCGGUCUGGCCGAGAUGGUCAAGGAGCUGGACGACGGGCAGGUGCAGUACGGCUACGUGCGCGUCGAGUACGCCAACGACAAGGAGAGCAAGCGUGUCAAGUUUGCGCUGGUCGUCUGGAUCGGAGAGAACACAAAGGUCAUGCGCAAAGCACGCGUUAGCAUCGAGAGCGGCGACGUCAAGAGGCAGCUCUCGCAUCAUAGCAUCGCGGUCACCACGGGGGAUCGGUCCGAGCUGGAUGAGGGGGAUAUCGUUGUGAGGUUGAGGAAGGCUGGCGGUGCUGAUUACAACGGAGGUCGGGGUUGAGAUACGCGACGAUAGCUUCAUGAUGUCGUAUCUACAUACAUAUCUUGCCCGUACAUAUCAUGAGAUACAGCGUUUACGGCUCGUUAUCUUGGACGAACCGGUCACGUGCGUGCUGGAGAUAGACGGCAGUUCAUUAUCUAUCACGGAAAUGUCGCCGGACUUCUUAGAUAGGAAUAAGGCGCAUCCAAGGAACGAGGGGUAACGAUGUUUACGAUAGAACCGGUUUCCCAAGCUCAAUACCCCAAACUUUGUGAUAACUAGCCAAGGCUAUCAAUCCUUCAACCACGUUAGAUGGCAGGAUUGCCGGGCGCGCGGGUGCUGAUACCCUGACGAUCACAUAC